AGUAAGCGAUAUGUUGCUCAAAUCACAAACAACAACAAAAUAAACACUUUUGGAUAUAUGAUAAAUCUGAGAUUAACAAAUGUACUAACGAUCCCACUGAGAAGAGGCAGAGCCAAUUCCAGUUGAUAAUUUUUGAACGUAUCAAAUUCCAGUUGCGCUUUUAAGCCCUUAAAAUAUGUGCAGUAGCACUGAAUCCACAAACAAGUCUAGAUUUCAGAUACAGUUGCUGGCUGACAGGAGUGUUGUAUUAGUGAAUGCGCGGGGCUAUGAAUCCGAAAUAUUUCUGCCCGAACUGCUAAAGGGCCGAGUCUGUUUGCGGAAUGUGAUAUGUAGCCGGCAGCCCAAGUCGCCGCCAGGUGAGAUGAGCUCCCAGUCAUCGUCGUCGGAUCUUCGAUGCCCGAGGAUAAGGAACCUGAAGCUGACCACAGCAACGGCUGGCUUGGCGCCCAACCCGGGAAGGAGGGAUAACACUAGCAGGCUACGCUUCGAGCUUAAGCUCAUUUCGAACGGCAAGGUGGUGCUUGUGGAAUGUAAUGGCUACGAAUCUGAGAUUUUCCUUCCUCACAUUCGUAGCCGUUGCGUUGCUAUGAAGCGCAUCUCUGCUAAGGAGCUGGCGCAAUGUGCAUCUGCAAGAUCGAGUAGAAGUCAGUGUACACAAAAGUCGCCAAAUAAUUCGGCUGCCUCUUUGGCAACCCAGGCUGUGGGGCUAUCCUGCCUGUGGGCAACUUCCCCCAAGUCAGGAAAUGUUAUUGAUAAACAGAAAAGUGGACAGAGAAUACAGAAAAGCCAAGAAGUGAAAAAAAUGAAAAAGCCGCUAAAGGACAAAUCUUCAACUAGACAAAAAAAGAAACGCUGCAAGCAGUAUUCUAAGGAAACCAGAGAUGUGUCAAAUUAAUUUAUUAAAGCUCGACAGAAUUCGUAUGAGUUGACAAAACAAACGGGUGCUAAACUUCAAUAUAUAUAAAUACAUUAUAUUCUGAUGUGUAAAUAGCAAUAAUAUUUUCCAGUUCAGUAAUGUAAAAGUUUGUCUAUGAUAAAGUAAAGAUUUGGCCAAAC